CAAUCACAACACGAAUAAAUUGGUUUCACAUACAUUCCAUCUCAAUUUUAUUAUGGGACUAUUUAAAGACUUUUAAGCACAUGGUUUUUAGUUUCUUGUAGGUUAAAAACGGCUACCUCGAAAAUCGUGUUUUCUUUAUAAAUACAAAUUUGUGAAGUGUCUGACAUUUGUUUGUGUGAAUAAUAAAUAAAUUAUUUUUGUAUUCAAAAACUUUUAUUUUCAUAUAUAUAUGUGAUAUUGAUGUACAAGUAUAAGUACUAUUAUUGUAGUCAGUUUUGUUAAUUGAUUGUCUUUUUACAACACAGGUUAUUCCUGCAAAUGACUCUGAGCUGAAGAUUUAAAUAUUUUUUAAAUAAAAAUGAAAGCUAUGAAAAAAAUGGAUGGUCCGAGAAAAGAUCGUAAACAAUUAUCGUGGGCUUAUCGAAAUAAAAAAAAACAAGGAAAAGUUGUUAAAAAAGAAUCAAAUAACAAUGAUAAUGUUCAAGUACAGAAUAAAAAAGCCAGAAUAAUUGUUAGAAAUUUAUCAUUCAAGGUUACAGAGGAUGACAUUAGAAAAUUUUAUUCGUCUUUUGGAGAAAUUGAACAAAUAGAUUUAUUAAGAAAACCGGACGGUAAACUUGUAGGGUGUGGUUUUAUCCAAUUCAAAAGGCUAGAAGAUGCAUCGAAAGCUAUUUUUAAAACGAAUAAAAAAGAAUUCUUUGGAAGACCAAUAACCAGUACGUGGGCUAUUGAAAAGUCUAAAUUCGUUGAGAAACUUCAACAAAAUGAAAAUAACAAUGAAAAAGAUCAAGAAACUCCCACAACUACGGAAGAACCAAGUGCAGAUAAUGAUGAUUUCAUUAAAUUGGAUGAUUCUGAUAAAAGUAAAUCGAAUUUUAAAAAACCGAUAAAAAUUAAAAAGAAAUUAACGACUGAAGAAAGAAAAGAAUUAAAAUUAAAACAAAGAAAAAAACGAUCUAGAAUCGUAGUGAGAAAUUUAUCUUUUAAAGCUGAUGAAAAAACAAUUAAAGAGCAUUUUCAACAAUAUGGUACCAUUGAAGAAAUCAACAUGUUGAAAAAAGAUGGGAAAUUUACUGGUUGUGCUUUCAUACAAUUUGAUCAUGUUCAAAGUGCUAGAAAAGCUGUUUUUCACGCUAAUAUGAAACCCAUUUGCGAUAGGCCAGUUAUUGUAGAUUUAGCUUUAGCUAAAUCAAAAUUUCAAAAAAAGUCUGAGAUUAAAGAAGAACCUAAGGAUAUUAAAGAAGAAGAAAUUGAUGAUAGUAAAGACACUAAAGAAAGAGAUAGCGUUUCUAACGAAAAUGUUUUAAGUGAUGAUGAAAAUGAAGAUGAAGAUAAUGAUGAUGAUGAUAAUGAUGAUGAUGAUAAUGAUGAAGAAGAUGACGACAAUGAUGAAGAUGAUGACGAAGAAACAGAUAAUGAUGAUGAUGAUGAUUAUGACUUAAAAAGUGAAGAAGAUGAAGAUCAGAAUAAAAAUUGUAUAAAAAAAGAAGAUGAAGAAUCUGAAAAACCACGACCUCGUGUACUUUCUCAUGAUAUUCCUGAGGGCAAAACCGUUUUUCUAAAGAAUGUUCCGUUUUCCGUGAAAAAUGAUGAAUUACGAAAGUGUAUGGAACAGUUUGGUCCAGUCUAUUAUGCACUAGUUUGUAUAGAUUCUUUGACAGAACAUUCUAAAGGCACAGCAUUCGUCAAAUUUGUCAAUGUUGAAGAUGCAGAAAAAUGCUUAUCAGCUGGCACAGAGUUACGUUUACACAAUCAAGUACUUGAUCCUCACCGAGCUUUAGAUCGAAAUGAACUUGCCAACGGAAAUUCAUUGAAAUCUCGAAAAAUUAAAGAUUCGAGAAAUUUAUAUUUAGUAAAAGAAGGUGUUAUUAUGGCUGGUAGUCCAGCAGCACAGGGUGUUUCUGCAGCAGAUAUGAAAAAACGUUUAGAACUAGAGCAAUGGAAAUCUCAAAUGCUUCGUAAUUUAACGAUGUUUGUAUCAAGAGUAAGAUUAAUUGUUCAUAACUUACCUCCGAAUCUCGAAGAUUCAACUCUUAAGACAAUAUUUCUAAAACAUGCUGGACCUAAAGCAUUUAUAACUGAAGCGAGAAUAAUGCGUCAUCUUAACAAUAAAAACAGCGAAAUGAAUGGAACGUCGAAAGGAUUUGCAUUUGUAGCUUUUACAAAACAUGAAGAUGCUUUAAGAGCACUUCGGAUGAUUAAUAAUAAUCCAAACAUAUUUUCUAAAUCAAAGAGACCUAUUGUUGCUUUUUCAAUUGAAAGUAAAACAAUUCUUAAUGCAAAAGAACGUCGAAUUAAAAGUAGCCGGGAAAAAAAUCCUUUAUGGAAAGACAACAAGCGAGAUUAUGAUAAUAAAUCUUCUGAUCCUCCAGUUAAACGUUUAAAAAAUAACAAUGAGGAAAAAUUUGAGGACGAGGAUGCACAGAAAUUUUCUGGCAUUAAUAGUAAACCUGGAGCACCUUUAAAAUUACGGGCUAAAUUUAAAUUGAAAGAACAAGCUUUUCGUCACCGCGAACAAUUAAAAACAGAAAAGAAAAAUAAAAAAGCUAAACGACGAAUUAAAGAAAUGAAAACAAAUGAAUCCUUAUCUCGCAAGGAAAUAAAGCCCAAAGUAGGACAGAAGAAACCAACUAUCGAUGAAGCCAAUUUAAGUAAACUUAUCAAUAAUUAUAAAGAUAAAUUGACAUCGAUACCACAAAAUAAAUCGAAGUGGUAUGAUUCGUAAUGAAAAAAAAAUGUAUAUCUACACUUC